GCGCGUCUGAGCAUCGCAGAGCGCCGCAUUCAGGCACCUCCCGAGUACACACUCCUCAUGCAGCUUGAGGACAAUGCUGAGCUUAUCAAUCAGUACGAGGAGGUCUUGGCGCACCUAGAGGCGGAAGAGGCAGCGGCUCCCAUGCUCAGCCGGCUUUGCUUGCCGCUCACGCGGAACUGGCAAGCGUUCAAGCGGACCUUCUGGCCGCCAGCUGGUGAGAUCGAGUUUGAGUGCUGA